CUUUACACACAUUAUAUUAUGAUCUCCGUCUCUAUAAAUACCCCAAUGCGCAAACAAAUGGUUUAAAAGCACCAAAGAGACAACAAUUAGCAAAAGUAUAUAUAGAGCUAAGAGAUGGCAUUGAAAUUGUAUGUGGAUCGCUUAUCCCAGCCUUCUCGGUCCAUUCUCAUUUUCUGCAAGAUGAACGGGAUAGAGCAUGAGGAGGUCCAAAUAAAGCUUGCUGAAUUCCAGCAUCUGUCUCCUGCAUACCAAAAAAUUAAUCCUAUGAAACAAGUGCCAGCUAUAGUGGAGGGAGACUUCCAACUGUUUGAGAGCCACGCAAUUCUCAAAUAUCUAGCUUCUGUCAAUCGUGUUGCAGAUCAUUGGUAUCCUGCUGAUCUACGCAAAAGAGCGAACAUUGACUCGGUGUUAGACUGGCACCACACCAACACACGCUCUGGCAUAGUUGGUUAUGUUUUCAAUUCUACUCUUGCACCUGUAUUUGGUUUGCCUUUGAAUCCGAAAGCAGUAGCUGAGGGAAAGAAAGUCCUAUUGGCAUCCCUUGAUAAGAUUGAGUCAUUUUGGCUCCAGGGAAAUGGAAGUUUUCUACUGGGAAAUACCCAACCUUCCAUAGCAGAUCUUCGCAUAGUUUGUGAAUUAAUGCAACUUGAGGCUUUGGACGACAAGGAUAGAGAGAGUAUAAUUAGCCCUUACAAGAAAGUUCUGGCAUGGAUUGAUGCGACGAAGAAGGCAACUCAACCUCAUUUUGAUGAAGUUCACACCCCUCUCUUUAACGUAAAAGAGAAACUUAAGCAGCAAAGAGCUUCACCAAAUCUUCAUCGGGGUUUUAUUUUUGUCGUGGGUUUGGUUUUAACUCCCUGUAUUUUGGGAUACGUUCUGUUUCAGAUGUUAUCUGGACACAAAAAGUAGGUGUUUUGUGUAACAAAAUCAAUAAUUUGGUCAUUAUAUGCUUUAAGGUUCUCGGGUUGAGGUUAGAAUUAUUAUGCCUUUUCAAGGGAGAGUGAUUCUAUAUCUAAUCGUAGAUCUUGUGACCAAUUGAGGGUGAUUGUUCUUAUGAUUGUCUUGUGAGUUUCAGUAUCUUAAUACAAGUCUUUUCCAUUAAAAAAUGCACAUAUGUGAGUCAUCACGGCAUAACAUGGUCCAAC